CUUGCAUCAGAAGAAAGAAAACAAACAGAGCACGGGGCUAACCCCUUCGACGCAAAAACUCCACGCAGGGGCACAACAAUGGAGGCAGAGAAGGCAAGCAAGCAAAUCCAGAAAGAAGAUUGCAGAAAAGGAAACUAAAGCAACAUAUGCAGGUCUGGAGAUAAACUGUACUCAAAUGCAAAAUUAUGAUGCAGGUGAAAGUAAUUUCAUGCAGGUGGCUGAUUCAACUUUUGAUAGUUCUCAAAUGAGUUGUAGUCAAAUGCUUCGUCAAAUGAUGACAACACAAAACAUGUCUAGUAUAAAUGAUGAACAAUCAACAUAUCUCAUGGAUGCACCUAUAGACAGCUUUACAAGAAUGCUAACAGAGCCAUAUUAUUUUGAGAACAACAUGGUGAUUACAACAAGCAGGAUAGGUGAAGAAACAACUGAUUAUACAUAUGGCAACACAUUUGCCAAAUCGAAUGUGCCAUCAAACGAGUGUGACAACACAAGCAACAAAGAGGCAAGCACAUUGAACUGCAACAGUGAGAUUGAAAAUUUGGAUCCUACCGAGGAAGAACUUGAGGAACACUGGUACAUCGACCUAUUCAAGCGUAUAGAACAUAGUGAGGAAGGCAUGAGGCAGCAAAUACAUGGAGAAAGAGAAGAAGAAGAUGAACAAGAACAAGAACAAGAACAAGAAGAUGUUGUGAACAAUACAAACAAAAAUACUUCUCAAGAUCAGCAAACAGAACAGCUUGAAGAGGAAGAUGUUGAAAACUUCUUGGAAAAUGAAAGAAUAGCAUCAAGUCAGGAGAAAGUUUCAGAAAUAGAUAGUCAAUAUGUUCCGCAUGAGGGGAUGGAAUUUAGUACAUCAAGUGAAGGUCAUAAAUUCUUCAAUUACUAUGGUUAUUUAGCUGGAUUUGCAGUAGUGAUAGCUCAUCAUGCAUGGACACAAAGCAGGAAAAGAAAUAAUGAGAUCAUAAGAAUCACCUACAAAUGCAAUAGACAAGGAAUGCAAGACACAUCAAAAGAGGGCAACACACAAGAGGAAGAGAUAAUUGCAGAAAGAGAUACAAAUGUGCUAGUGAAGACAAACUGCAAGUGUUGUAUGGUAAUAUCAGAAAGAAAAGGCAUAUGGAGAGUUACAAGGCUGCAGCUAGAGCACAAUCAUCCAAUGAGUCCAGGGGAAAGUAUUUCAGAGCACAUAAAAAUAUGA